CCACGCAGAUUCUUUUUUCGCUCAUCUAGUGACCACCUAUUUCCUUGAAAUGCCAGCAGAACUCUGCCCACCAUAUGCACCAUUUUUCGGCUUUGUAGGUGUUGCUUCAGCUAUGAUUUUCAGCACGGCUGGUGCUGCGUUCGGAACGGCAAAGGCUGGAAUUGGUAUUGCAGGCCUGGGGACGUUCAAGCCUGAACUGAUCAUGAGGUCGCUUGUGCCUGUGGUUAUGGCAGGAAUUAUUGCGGUGUAUGGGCUAGUGGUAUCGGUUCUCAUUGCAGGAAAUUUGACCCCAUCGAACUAUCCCCUAGCUGCAGGCUUUAUUCAUAUGGGAGCAGGAAUUUCUUGUGGAAUGACUGGCAUCGCUGCGGGUUAUGCUAUUGGCUACGUCGGAGAUUCGUGCGUCCGGGCAUAUGUUCACGAGCAACGAGUAUUCGUGGCCAUGAUCCUCAUCCUGAUCUUUGCGGAGGUCCUGGGGCUUUACGGCCUCAUCGUUGCACUCUUGAUGAACACGAGGGUCGCUGCUCUCGUGGGUGUUUGCGAUUGAUCACUCGUACUUCAUUACAUACAUUUUGUUCCCUACAUAAAUACAGACUCCAGUAAAAUCACAGACGAACUAUGUCUUGAACGUUCGAUGGAUGACAUUUUUCAGUCUCUGGAUCUACUGCGAGAUGAAGAUUCUGAACGAACUGAAGAUGAACUUCGCCGCUUUGGUCGCUUCCUGCUGCGAUCUCUGGAAACCGAACGUGAGGCAUCUGAACUUGAUGCAGAGCUGGCAGAUGAGCUAGAUCCUGAAUCUGAAUCUGAUUCCGAGUCUGAACUAUCCGAGGAGGACCUCGAAGACCUGUU